AUGUCGCAUAAUUCCACUCUGGCUGCGACACAACUCAAACAGCUCAUAUACUACCACUUGGACAACGAAUCACCAGACAAUGCAAACUUUCUUGCCGAACGACUAAAUUCAAUCGAUCCUCGAAAUCCCGACUCUUCGCAUCUUUUGGCCCUCACUAAUUAUCGUUUGCGACGCUUCAAAACAGCCUACGACUGCUGUCAAAAACCUGGCGCGAAUGGUAGGCAUCUAGGAUGCGCCUAUGUUCUGGCCCUGGUCUGUCAAGAGCUUGGUAAACACAAUGAAGGCAUUGCAGCUUUGGAGAAGGCUAGGAGUCUUUGGCAAGGCCGUAGCCAUUGGGGGAAACACACAGAGUCCUCCACCAGGCACAUUCCAGAUGCUGCAGCUGUAAAUACUCUACUCGGAAAGCUAUGGCGUGGUCAUGGCGACUCGAGACGAGCUGGCGAUUGCUACAUCGAGGCGCACAAGAGCAACCCGUUCACAUGGGAAGUUUUCCAAGGGCUUUGCGACAUGGGUGCCGAAAUUGAUGUAUCAAGUUCCUUCAGGAUGACCACAGAACUCGCCUCUUCCAUCUCCAGUGCUUCGGCAUCAAUAUCGAAUCAAGAAACUGUCAAGGAUGAACUUAUACCUAUCGCGCCAGUGCCGAAUGCGAGCAACAUGAACAGCGUACAUGCUCUGACACCUACUAAUGAUCCCUUCAAUCCUGUGAAGAAUGGCGCAGAUCUCGUCGCCCAAGCUCAGAGUAAUUUUCUGCUGCCGAGGAUCAAAUCAAAAGGCAUCUUUGGCAACAACAUAUCUAAGCCUACUAGUCAGUCAUCAUGGGACACGCCAACAGCUAAUGGCACGUCCGGGGACGAGGAUGUGGAGAUGGGAGAAUUACAACAGGAGGCAGCCAGCGCAGAGGAGGUACCAGCUGCUCCAACACGGAGGUCAAGGACUGCGCUCCAGAGACUAGGAUUGGACGCCGGCAAAGACAGCCAGAAAGCCCGCGCUGCAACAAUCAGAGGCCAAACGAAGCCUAGCUCAGAGUCAGUGGACACCGAUGAUGCGACAAACGCUGCCCAAAACCGAAGGUUGCAACAUAAACGCACGAUAUCUGGACACAGCGCGCAGAUUCCAGAUGCCGAAACAAUAACGUCUGCUCCAAGGAGGAGUAACCGAUUGUUUAGUCAAAUCACAGGGUCAAAAACAAUUAGUCGGGCGCCUGCCGACAGCAAUUCCUUGACGGCAGCCAAGCGCGACGAGGCGAAGAAGGCCAAGGCUACAGGGACUAAAGGCAGAGGACCUGCUCAAGUAGGUCGUGUUGUGAGCGGAAACCGAAAAGUCAUGCCGCCGAGUACUACAGAGGUCAAAGAUACUCGUGCACCAAGUCGUACCAGCACAGCUCCGCCGGUUCCGCUACAAAAACAGGCGCUAGAAGCAACGUUAGCAGUCGAGAUGGCAUCGACAGAAUCAUUGUUGGCUACCUUCAGGUCAUUGGGAGCCGCUUACUACCUGCUUAGCCGAUAUCAAAUAUCGUCAGCAGUCGAUGCUUUCAAGGCUCUUCCUUUAGCGCAUCGAGAAUCACCCUGGGUUCUCGCUCAGCUUGGUAAAGCGUACUACGAAGCCUCAGAAUACUCAUCAGCGGAAGUGUGUUUUGCCAAGAUAUUGAAAAUUCAGCCAACCCGGACUGAAGAUAUGGAAGUGUAUUCGACGGUCUUGUGGCAACUCAAGAAGCCAGUCCAGUUGGCAUUCCUGGCGCAUAAUCUGAGGGACCUGGCCUUCAACUCGCCGCAGACAUGGUGUGCAGUUGGGAACGCAUUCUCGCUGAGCAGAGAACAUGAGCAAGCCAUCGCAUGCUUCAAGCGCGCAACGCAAGUCGACUCAGGAUUUAGCUAUGCCUGGACACUCAUGGGUCAUGAACUUUUGACCAACGAGGAGUUUGAUGCAGCACUUGCGUCCUUCCGCAAGGGAGUCGGAAGUGAGAGGCGUGGAUUUGGAGCGUGGUAUGGCUUGGGUAAGUGCUACGAAAGAAUGGGCAAAUGGGAAGAGGCGCAACGACAUUACCGCAUUGCAUUCGGCAUCAACCCCAGCAAUCCCGUGCUGGCGGUCUGUAUAGGAGUGAUCAUGGAGAAGCUCGGCCAUCCCAAAGCAGCGUUAACACAAUACUCGCAUGCGCUGAGUCUAGCACCGAACUCUGCACUCGCACGAUUCAAGAAAGCCCGGGUAUUGAUGGGAUUGAAGCACUAUGCGGAUGCCCUUGUGGAGCUCGAGGUGCUGAAGAAUUUGGCCCCAGAAGAGGCCAAUGUCUUCUUCUUGCUCGGAAAGUGCUUCAAGGGACUUGGAAGACGAGCAGACAGUGUGCGCACAUUUACCACUGCGCUGAAUCUUGAUGCAAAGGCGUCGCAAUACAUCAAAGAGGCCAUGGAAGCUCUUGACGACUCUGACGAAGAUGAUAUGGAUGAUGACUGA